UUUUUUAUUAAUUGCUACAUUUUUUAGAUGGAUCAUCCUAGAUAUUCGGUUGAUAUGGGUAACCUCGAGCGCAACCGAACGAAAGAGCUUGCGAGGAAGACAUCCCGCAAAGGUAUAUCACAUACCGGCUCUUCAUCUCAAAGUCGAGAUGAUUUUGAUACGGGUUACGCAAGGAGGGAUGAGGAUGCGAUGACCGACGAACAACUAGAACAAGAAUUGCACCGACAUAGUUCCCGCUUUUUUCAAUACCAACCGAGGACCAUUGACGAAGAAGAGCUCGAGGACAAGGACGACGAUGUGGAGGAAGUAAUUCCGGAGAGCCACGACGAGGAGGAGGAGGAGGGUGGCGGCAGCCAUGACGCCGACCAGCCUGCCUCAUCCCAAACAGGUACGAAAAAAAUUAAAUCUGAACUAAUGGCUAAUAAUUUUUCUAAGUGGAAGGACACGAACACCGGGAAUUGGACCGCAACUUGCAAUUGGUGCAAGAAAAACUAUAGUUUGGGGAUUUCCGGCGGAUACGGAUCCGCCACAAGACACCUUAAGUCCAAACACCCGGUGGAGUAUGCAAAAUUAGGCGGCGGAACGGGGAAACAAACUCAAAUAUCGAGGUUUGCAAAUAACCAACAAGCUUUUGGUAAUUUCUCAUACAAUGAUGCACAAAAUUUGACUGGUAUGGCUAACUUACUUGUUGAAGAAAAUUUGCCUUAUUUGUUUUCUGAAAGUCUUGCUUUUCGUGAUUAUGCACAAACUUGUUUAAAUCCGCAAUAUAGAGGUUAUAGUCGCAAAACGGUUAAGAAAGAAAUUUCAAGGCUUUAUGGUGCGGAAAAGGUAAGGUUACAAAUUUAUUUUGCAAACUUUGAUGGACGUGUUACUGUAUGUUCUGACAUAUGAGAGGAUACUUAUCAUAAUUUAUAUUAUUUGGAUCUGACUGUACAUUAUAUUGAUAAUGAUUGGCAUAUGCAUAAACGUGUUCUUGCUUUCCGUGAAUUUAAUGAUCGUCACAUCGCUGAACAUAUUUAUAUUUUGAUUGAGCGUAUUUUAAUUGAGUAUAAUUUAAUUGAUAAGGUGUUUGAUAUUGGUUUUGAUAAUGCUACUAAUAAUACUGCUGCUAUUCCUAGAUUGCGUGAAUUGUGUGGUUGUACUUCUUUGAUGGUUAGAUUUUUUCAUCAACGAUGUGCAUGUCAUGUUCUAAAUUUAUGUGUGCAAGAUGGUCUAAAAGCGUUGGGAGCAUCGUUGGAGGUAGUCAAGGGGGGGAUUAGACGUAUUUGGGGUAAUGGACAACUUAGGAAAAAUUGACAUGAUUAUUUGAUAGAAAGAGGUGAGAGAUAUGUGGCUUUUCUUAAAGAUUUGUCUAUUCGUUGGAAUAGUACCUAUAAGUUAGUUGGAGUUCUUCUUAGAUAUAAACAACAUUUUCCUGCUUUUAUGAAACAAUAUGAUAACUAUAUUAUAAACUCGGCUGAGAUCGACACCUGUGAAAAAAUUUGUAAUGCUUUGAUAUAUUUUAAUACAAAAAUGAUGUUUGUACACACUCUUAUACACACUUUUGUACACACCUAUGUCUGUGAAAGCUUUUUUUUUGUCUGUGAACAUUGAUUCACAGACAAUGUUUUGCACAAACAAAAUAUUGUCUGUGAACUAGAUUCACAGACAAAAAAAAGCUUCACAAACAUGGUGUGUAUGAGGUGUGUACAAGAGUGUGUACAUCAAGAAUGGUUGAUUUUAAUAAUGCAACUGAAACUUUUAGUCAUGUUUAUAAACCUACCUCAAACCAAUUUAUUCGUGAAGCUGUUAAUCUCGCCGGUGCUUUUUCAAAUUUUGAGAAUGCUGAUUAUGUGAGUUAUUUUGCUAGUUUUAUGAAGGAAAAGUUUUUAAAAUAUUAUUCGCAUAUUCCGCAUAUUUAUGGUAUUGCAUUUGUUCUCGAUCCUCGUUUUAGAUUUGGUUCUUUAGAAGAAUGUUUGAAUUAUUAUUAUGCUGCUUUUUUUGGUCCAUUGCCAAUGUAUGAGGACAACCCAAUUGAUCCGAAAAAAAUACAACGAGGUUAGUGAUAUAUUUUAUGCAUUAUUCAAUGAGUUUCAUGCACAAUAUGGCAAUGCGCCCUCUCCCCCGACACAAACAUCAUCUAAAGGAAAAUCAAUUUUCAAAUCUACAUUUGUCAAUCUUAUUAAAAAAACGAAAUCAACUCCCGCUACGCAACAAAGCACAAUUAAUGAGAUUUCUUUGUAUUUAACAUAUGAUGCUGAUUUUGAAGAAGAUGAUGAUUUUCACGUACUAAACUGGUGGAAGGGAAAAGAAAGAAUGUUCCCGGUUUUAGCAAAGAUGGCUAAGUAAGUGCUAUCAAUGCCGGUUUCAACGGUUGCCGUGGAACAAGAAUUUAGUUCGGCCGGCAAUGUCCUAACGCAAAUUAGAACGAGGUUGAGCACAGAAUCUCUUGAGAUGCUUAUAUGCUACCACGAUUGGUUGAAAGCAGCCCGUAGAGCUCAAGAACUUGACAUCACCCCAUCCCAACACUUUAUGGAUGAAUCUAUAAUUGACGGUGGCUCUACUUAUGCCGGAGAUUCCGAUUAAAUGAUUGAUUAGUAUUUCAUGUUUUAAUUUUACCUUCAAUUCUCAAUUGUAGUUCCUAUUUAAUUUUCAAA